AACAAAAGAAAAAGUCAAUUCUGGAUUAUUCGUUUGACUAAAAUCGGUAUAAAAGAACCUGUCCGGAAUGAUGAUUUCUGUCAAUCAGUUCUAGUUUUGUUUUUCGUGUGUGUGUGUGUGUGAUUUUUUUUGCUCCACGAUUUCGAUUUCUUGUGCCGAGAAAACCAAAAAAAAAAAGACCAAAAAUUAUCAAAUUCAUCCAGUUUUUUUCGAAAGAAAAACGUUCACAAAAAAAAUACCGCAACCGCAAAAAUGCUUCGAACAUCAAUGAAUUCAUCAUAUCUAUUGUUAAUCAUAUGGAUUAUAAUGUCACAACCAAAUUAUUCAAAUACAGCACCAACAAUUAUUGAUUAUGAUUUGAUUAAUCGUAAUGAUAAUCGAUUAUCAUCAUUAUCAUCAUUAUCACCAUCACAAUGUUCAACAUCACAAUGUUUAUCAUCAUCAUCAUCAUCGGAUAUAAUACCGAAAACAAUAAUCGAAUUGAAUGAAAAUAAUUUUCGAAUGAUUGUUAUGGAAUCAACAAUGUCAUGGGCAAUUAUAUUCUAUUCAUCAUUAUCAGCAACAAUAAUCGAUACUAUCGAUCAACAACAAUCGGAACAAUUAUUUAAUAAUAAUGAUAAUAUUCGACAAACAGCAGGAUUUUGGCAAACAAAAAUGGCUAAUAAAUUUAUAAAUGCAUCAAUUACAUUGAAAGGUUGGAUUGAAUUUGGUGCUAUUGAUUGUGAACAAAAUCCACAAUUAAAACAAUUAUUAUCUGUUGAUUCAUGUCCAACUGUUUUACAUUAUCGUGGUGGUCAACAACAACAACAACGAAGACGACGACAACAACAAAAUCCAUUGGAUCAAGAUCAAUCAUCAAUGUCAUCCAUUCAAUCAAAUUAUUAUCCAAUAUUUAAACGAGUUAAAAAAUUAAAAACAAAAAAACAAUCAAGUCGAUUUAUAACUGCCACAACUAUUAUGGAUACAACCAAAAUCAAUAAUGAUAAUAAUGAUAAUGAUAUUGAUAUUGUUGAUUUUGAUGGUGAUUCAUGGAAAUCUAUUAUUUUCGAUAAUAAUAAUGAAAAUUACCAUCAACAACAACAACAACAACUGCAAAAACAACAACAACAACAACAACAAUCACCAUUGAUGGAAAUGUUUGCCUUGUUUGCAUCGUUAACCUCGUAAAUAGGAGAUGAUCAAAUCUAACUCACUCACUCAAAAACCAUUAGAUCAUCAUUUUGUAAUUUUUUUUUCUUUUGAUCUUCAUUGAUCCUUUUUUUUUGUUAUGUUUGGCCACUUAUUUUUGUCAAC